GACGUCACCGGGGGCGUGGCCUAUGGCGGAAGUGCAGGUGGAUCUUCGAGCAGCGAACACAGAGCGUCAAUUUCACACAAUAACAGACAGAAAUCAAGCAUGGCCCUCAACAGCAACCAUUCUGAAUCUGGAGGUGUUAUCAUCAACAACAGCGAAAGUCUCUUGAUGUCAUAUGAGAAUGUGGAGCUGGUGUUCAGUGACGCAGAACGCUUGCCAGAAGCCUUCAGAAAAAGCAAGAAGGGAAGCAUCUACAUGACACCUUACAGGGUGAUCUUCUUGACUAAAGGGAAGGACGCUCUGCAGUCGUUCAUGAUGCCGUUCUAUCUUAUGAAGGCCUGUGAGGUCAAACAGCCAGUGCUCGGCGCCAACUACAUCAAGGGCACGAUCAGCGCCGAGCCUGGAGGUGGCUGGGAAGGUUCUGCGACCUUCAAGUUGAUUUUUGUUUCCGGAGGAGCGAUUGAGUUCGGACAGUACAUGCUGCAGGUGGCAGCACAGGCAUCCAGAGGGCAACCGGUGACUGUGAAUUACGGCUGUCCUUACAUGGCGAACGGGGCGUACGCUUGCCCUCCUCCUCCUCCUGCUAACGGCAUGUAUUCGGCCGCACCUCCUCCGCCUGGAUACGCCUACCCUGGACCUCCACCUCCAGGUGGAUUUUACCCCAACCCUCCUGGCUUUGACGGACCAGCAGCCUACAUGCCUCCUCCGCCGUACACAGCCCCGAUGAACCACGCUCCUCCGGACCCAGACCUGCCCAGAACCGCCGCAGCCGAAGCUAAAGCAGCUGAAGCUGCAGCGAGUUCCAGCGCGGCUACAUUUGCUCCGACGCGGGUCUACCUGCCUGAGGACAAGCCUCCACCCUACUCCCCACCUGAAGACAAGAAGAACCAGUAGAUGUGUCUGCAGCGAGCGCACAUCCUCUCCUCUCUCUCCAUUCCCUUCAUCUCAUCGCCUCACCAUCUCCAGUUAAACGCCCCGCUGCACACGUGAGGGGCUCCAGCAGGGGGCGCAGUGCUCUGCAUUAACACGACCUGGCCUAUGUAGCGGAAUGAGUUCACAGCUGGUGAAAGAGAGGGACCGACUGUUAGCUUUCUAACCGACAGUAAAUGAUUGAGCUUUUCUAAAUUUGAAAAUGAGUAUAUUUAGGAGACAUUUAUGAGUGAUUGUGUAUAGAUCGAGGUUUGAAGUAUUUUGCUAGUUGCAGGAGUUGAGGCUCAAAAACACUGGGACGUUCACAUUAACAGCGCUUUCGCUCGUUGUUCAUCCUCGACGGCUGCAGCCGAUGUUAUUGGAUGGAAGAUCGUUGGUUGUUGCCACUCACCUGCUUCUCAACACUCAAGCAGUCACUUAAAACGAAAAAGUCUUUGAAACGAAAAUACUUCCUGAUGCUUAGACGCUGCAGAUCGAAUGCGAACGGCCUUUACUGCACAUGCCGUCAAAUGCAUGACUUCAAGGAAUAGCAGAAAAUUAAAAAUUGUUGAAAAUUUACCACCAAAGAUGUAGUUGAAUUUGUUUCUUAAUCAGAUUUGAAGAAAUGUAGCAUUGCAUCAGCAACGGAUGCUCUGCAGUGAAUGGGUGCCGUCAGAAUGAGAGUCCAAACAGCUGAUAAAAACAUCACGAUAAUCCACAAGUAAAUUUUCAGCCAUUUUUCAUAUUUCCUCUAACUAACUAAAACCUUUACAUGCUACAAGUCAAUUUUAUACAGCAGUUCUGGUUCUUGAUUCUGAUUGGACGGGCUUUUAAUUUGCUGUUGCUCGGCAACAUGCAGUGGUUGAUUCCACUUUGGCUUCUUUUGCAAUCAUUUUCAUUGCCGGAGCAAAAACUAAGUAAUCAAAUCAUCUGAGCAUUGUGUAAAAUCACCUUCACAAACACUCCAUGACGUAUAUCUGAUGAAGCUCGUUUCAGACGUGUUCUGCACCAGUGUGUACUAGUCUUGGCAUCUCUGUCUCUGUAGCAUGCAGCAGUUAGACGAAAGAUGCACUUUAACCCUACAUGCACCUUCAGUCUCCUGGACAGAGUUUUUUUUUCCCUAAUUUUUUUAAUUAUACAUUUAAUCAUUUACGCAUGUUCUUGACUGUAUUGUGUAAUUCAAAGUGUAUUUUAUUAAAGUAAACCUGUACAAGUGGAACAAUGCAUUU